AAGAGCACAGCGAAUGCACAGUCAUGUUUACGGAUGUUCCUGACUUCGUGAAUAUCAACGCAAGCUGCACGCCUGCACAGGUGAUGGAUGUUAUCGCAGCGCUCUUCAAGCAAUUCGACGCUUUGGUCGAAAGAUUCGAGUGCAACAAGGUUUUAUCGCUGUUGGAUAGUUACCUGAUCGUCAGUGGAGCCCCUAAUAUCAACAAACAUCAUGCUGAGAACAUGCUCAAUUUAAGUCUGGGUCUCAUUUAUGCCGGAAGAAAUGUGAUUGUUCCUGAAUUGGAUCUUCCUAUUAGGGUAAGAGUGGGCAUCAGUUGUGGUUCGAUCGUCGCGGGUGUGGUCAGCCAUGAAAAGCCGAGGACAGUUGCAAAAAAUCAAAACUCGUUCCAAUUCCGUCAGCAUCAACCAAUCGAGUGCGGAUCAAUGAAAGUGCUUACUCAUUUCUUGGAGAAGAACGAAAAAUUGAGUGUGUGGGAAAUCGCCGGCGUUGAAAAAG